UGUUUGCAUGUGGAGGUUUGUUUAGGUCACGUCCGAGAAUUAUAAUAAGGUUUUUACAAACUUCUGCACCUGUCCACGUAUGCAAUAAAUUAACUUCGCAACGCAUCAUUCUCUAUAGAUUUUUUGCGGCAAAAUUACCGAAACAUUGGGGCAAGAAAAGAUUGGUUCGCGAUAAACUUGAUUUUGUCAGAAAGAUGGGAGAUCCCAAAGUUCAAGAAUUGCUACAGCCGUUUCGAGUUGCUGUCAAGGAACAGGGUGACAUUGUGCGUUCUUUGAAAGAAAGCGGGGCUCCAGAGUUGGAUAUCAAAAAAGCUGUAAAUGAACUCAAGGCACGAAAAAAAGUCUUAGAAGAAAAGGAAAUAGAAUUGGCACCUCCAGAAGUUGGCUUUGAUCGAGCCAGAAUGGAAGAUUUAUUAAAGCGCCGUUUUUUUUAUGACCAGUCAUUUGCAAUUUAUGGUGGUGUAACUGGGCAGUUCGAUUUUGGGCCCAUGGGAUGUGCUAUGAAAAAUAAUAUUCUGAAUUUGUGGAGAUCGCAUUUUAUUCUAGAAGAACAAAUGCUAGAAGUUGAUUGUACCAUUCUUACACCUGAACAUGUGCUGAAAGCAUCAGGACACGUUGAUAGAUUUGCUGAUCUCAUGGUGAAAGAUUUGAAGAAUGGUGAAUGUUUUCGGUUAGAUCAUUUAAUUAAAGCUCAUUUGGAAAAAUUGCAGACAGAAAAAAAUAUAACACCAGAAAAGAUAGCAGAACAUGAAGACAUUAUUGUAAAAUUGGAUGGUUGCUCAAAAGAUGAAAUGAAUGCUCUUUUAAGAAGAUUUGACAUAAAGUCACCUAAUACAGGAAAUGAUUUGUCUGAUGCUUUGGAAUUUAACCUUAUGUUUAGCACAUCUAUUGGCCCUACUGGAAAUUUGAAAGGAUAUCUGAGGCCCGAAACAGCUCAGGGUAUUUUCGUCAAUUUCAAGCGUCUCUUACAGUUUAACCAAGGAAGGUUACCAUUUGCUGCAGCGCAAAUAGGUAAUUCUUUUAGAAAUGAAAUUUCACCACGUACUGGAUUGAUACGAGUUAGAGAGUUUACAAUGGCAGAAAUUGAGCAUUUUGUUGAUCCAAGAUGUAAAGAUCAUCCAAAAUUCAACAAAGUUCAAGAUUUGAAAUUGACAUUGUACUCUGCGUGUAAUCAAAUGGAUGGGGCAGCUGCUGUUCUUACUAGCAUUGGCGAUGCUGUGAAAAAAGGUAUUGUAGCAAAUGAAACUUUAGGCUACUUCAUGGCUAGAAUUUACCAAUUUCUGAUUGCUGUUGGAGUCAAUGCCGAAAAACUUCGUUUUAGGCAGCAUAUGUCAAAUGAAAUGGCUCACUAUGCUACUGAUUGUUGGGAUGCAGAAAUAAAGACAUCUUAUGGCUGGAUAGAAUGUGUUGGAUGUGCUGACAGGUCCUGUUAUGAUCUUAACCAACAUACUAAGGCUACUGGUGUAAAGCUGAAUGCAGAGUCCCAAUUGAAGGAGCAAAAGACAGUGCAGGUAACUGAGCUUCAUCCUCAAAUGGCUAUUAUUGGAAAGUCUUUCAAGAAAGACGCUAAGAGCAUAACACAAGUUUUAAAAGAAUUAGAUGAAGAUCAUAUUUUGGAGUUAGAAAAGAAACUACAAGCUGAUGGACUGUAUAAGCUUACUUUUGAUGGGAAGGAGUUUGAUAUAACUAAGGAUAUGUUAUCUAUUAGUAGAAAUCAAAAAACUGUACAUGUGGAAGAAAUUAUUCCUGCUGUUAUUGAACCAUCAUUCGGAAUUGGAAGAAUUAUGUAUGCCAUUUGGGAACACAGUUUUAGAACAAGAUCUGGUGACGAAAUGAGAACUUUCUUUGCCUUACCUCCAGCAAUAGCUCCUCUGAAAUGCAGUGUUUUACCUCUCAGUGGGCAUCCCGAUUUUGCACCCUUUAUUACUCUUUUAUCACAAGAUCUGACAAACAAUGGUGUUUCUCAUCGUGUCGAUGACAGUAGCGGGUCUAUUGGUCGUCGUUAUACUCGAACUGAUGAAAUAGCAAUUCCAUUUGGUAUAACUGUAGACUUUGAUUCAUUGAAAGAACCUAAUUCUGUUACUUUGAGAGAGCGAGACACAAUGGAGCAAAUUCGAGUGCCUUUGGACCAAAUAGCUUCACUAGUUCGAGACCUGGCCUUUGGAAGGAGAACUUGGGAAGGUGCUAAAUGCUGUUUCCCAAAAUUUGAGCAACAAGAAACCACUAAAGCUGGAUAGUUCCUAUUUUUUCAUGAUAUUUAAUAAAGUAUUCAUUCUUUUUA